ACAUCAAAAGAGAACAACGUAUAUUAUUGACAAAGAAUGAAAUACUUAAUAAAAUAUACCACAAACAACUUAGUUACAGAAACCACUGGGGUUAAAUCUUACCAAAUAAAUAUCGAAUUCUCAUUUGUCUUGGAUUAUGUGACAAAGUAGAUUACGUUAUUACAAAAUGGCUACGAAUACUAGAUGGUCAAUAGUGGUGAUAUGGCUAUAUUUUAUAGUACAGAUACUGCAACUGGUUGAAGGAAAUACAAUAGUCCAUAUAAGGAUGGUCCGGUACAAAAACCCGACUGGAAAAGAGAAUGACUUUGGAUUGUGUUGUGACAAUAUAUGGCCAUGGGCGAACUGCAAUGAUGACCCAUGUGACCAUAGAUUCAUCUUCUGUUUUGACUACACAUAUGGCUCGGAUGACUACGGGAACUGUCCUUAUGGGCAGUACAGGAUGAAUGGGCACAUUGAAAGUAAUGACAUCACAUUCGGCGAUGACAUUGGAGGUAUUGCUAAUCCAAUACUGUUACGUCUGCAUCGAUGGGAGGGAGGUGUUAAGUUGAAAUGCGAUGUAGAGGAUGACGAUGACGCACAAGGUAACGACCACGACAAAGUUGAUUUCCUUAAGUACGUCUACACUGCUACACCGGCUAGAAGUGAGGACCAGGCCCUCGUAACAGAAACUACCAUAUUGGGUGAUCUGAGCACACGAACUGAGUUAACAGUGCAGUUCAAGGUCUACUGUGAUAGUAACUACUACGGCAGCAGUUGUUCCAUCUACUGCUCUGAACAUGAUGAUUCCAGGGGGCACUACACCUGUGAUCAGAAUGGCAACAAGAUUUGCAUGGCUGGCUGGGAGGGGACUGAUUGUGUCAUAAGUGUGAAUGAUUGUAUUGGACACCAGUGUCAGAAUGAUGGAACCUGCAGAGAUGGACACCUCAUAUAUACAUGUAUCUGUUUGACAGGAUUCACAGGACCACGACAACGGUGCAGUCCUCUUGCCUUGGAGAGAACAAAAAGAACCACAAAGGGAAAACCACAGAGAAUCUACAAUUUGUGCUACCUACCUGCAGCAUUUGUAUCUACAUACCUCUUGCCUUGGAAAAAACAAAAAGAAACACAAAAAGGAAAACCACAGAGAAUCUGCAAUUUGUGCUACCUAUCUGCAGCAUUUAUAUCUACAUACCAUCUUGUUAAAGCAUUUGUGAUCUACAUACCUGUUGCCUUGGAGAGAACAAAAAGAAACACAAAAGGAAAACCACAGAAAAUCUGCAAUUUGUCCUACCUAUCUGCAGCAUUUAUAUCUACAUACCAUCUUGUUAAAGGUACAACUAUGAGAGAGAUGCAGCAAACACACCAAGUUAGGGCGACAGCUGGAUCAGUCUUUCGACAACUUUGA